GGUGAAAGCACCAUCAAGGUGCCUGUGCCCGAUCACUGUCGAUUUUCAUCUGUUCGGUGAUAGUAUAACCUUACUUUUUUUAAUCUUGCUGAGUAGCGAUAGUGAUUUUAGGGAUGUGUGGAAAAGAGUAUAGUUCUUCAUAAGCGAUAGUAAUGAAGAUAGUGAGGUUCGAUUUUUUCUGGAGAAUUUGUAUUAUUUUGAGUUUGUUGGGGGGCCUUGUAAAAUGUUAUUCGACUUUGGGUGAUAAAGACGAAUCUAAAUUGUUAUCAUCUCCAAACUCGACCAACGUGAAAUCAAGAGAGGGUAGAUUUCUUUUCAAUCAACUCUUUGGAUUCGCUGGCUUGUUUGGUGGAGGGGGUACAACAGGAUUUUCUCCUCUGGAUGAUGAUGACGAUGAUACAGACAGCAAUGAAGUGAAAGCAAAAAACUGUUCGUGUGAAUGUGGACUGUCCAAUCCAGAGAACAGGAUAGUAGGCGGAAGACCAACAGGUGUGAAUCGCUAUCCAUGGGUUGCAAGAAUCGUGUAUGACGGUCACUACCAUUGUGGAGCCUCUCUCCUCACUGAGGAUUACGUUCUCACUGCUGCUCAUUGUGUGAGGAGGUUGAAAAAAUCCAAGAUUCGUAUUAUACUGGGCGACCAUGAUGCCUCUACUACCAGCGACAUUCCUGCCAAGAUGCGGGCUGUUGCUGCCAUCAUCAGACACAGGAAUUUCGAUGCUGAUACCUAUAACCACGAUAUCGCCCUGUUGAAGCUCAGGAAAACCGUGGAUUUCACGAAGCAGAUAAGGCCUAUCUGCAUUCCCAAAGCUGCCGACCCUGCAGGCCGCACCGGCACUGUGGUCGGCUGGGGCAGGACGUCUGAAGGCGGCCUGCUGCCGAGCAUCGUGCAGGAGGUGGACGUGCCCAUCCUCUCAUUGGCCCAAUGCCGCGCCAUGAAGUACCGCUCGUCGCGCAUCACGGGCUACAUGCUGUGCGCGGGUAAAGGGGCGCAGGACUCGUGUCAGGGAGACAGCGGCGGGCCGUUGCUGGUCCACAGCGGGGACAAGUACGAGAUCGUAGGAAUUGUUUCCUGGGGCGUAGGUUGUGGCAGACCAGGAUAUCCAGGAGUGUAUACGAGGGUAUCAAAAUAUCUAAACUGGCUCAAGUACAAUUUACAAGAGAGUUGUUUAUGUAGUUAAGAUAUAUAAUUUCUAUGAGUCAAGCUGUUAAUUGUAAUUGUUGAAUAUUUAUAUUAAUUUAUUGUGAAAUAAAAGUUGUUUUUUGUUAUUAUUUGUAUUAAUAUCCUAG